CAUGCAUCAUAUCCAGUGUAGUUAAUUCACCCCACCGUUUCUUCAUUCUCUCACUUCAUUCAAAAAUCAUAAUCAUCAUCAGUCUCUUCUCUUCUCUUGAGGUCUCGGUAGUAUAUAGUGCAUUCAAUAGGCAGCCCUUUUUACUCGAGCAGUCUUAAAAACCUCAUUGGUUCUCCUUUUUCAAUUCCACAUUCCUCCAGUCUCCUUUUGUCCGUUUGUGAAUGUUCAUUCACUGAGAAACAAGCUCUUUCGUUUCCUUUCCUUGUUUGCAUAAUUUGCAUUUGUAAUAUCAGAAGAUACUACUCUGAGGACUUCAUAACGACUAUCCCACCGGUACUUCCGUGUGAUUAAGAAGGCUAGCGUGAGCCAAAGAUUCCAGCUUUUCUUAAAUUUUCAGCCUGAAACUAAAAGUAGGUCAAUUAAGGAAGAGGAGGAAGAAAUGGAGCCAAGACAGAGUGAGGAGGCGAUAGUAGUGCCUUCGAUAAUCAGGGGAACUCUUCAUGAAGAGCUUGAGGAUCAAAGAGAUGAAGGGGAUUUUAUUAACCAAGAACCAAGGCUUAAUCUCAAAAGCUUUCUUUGGCAUGGAGGAUCUGUUUAUGAUGCUUGGUUCAGCUGUGCUUCAAAUCAGGUUGCCCAGGUUCUUUUAACUUUGCCGUAUUCAUUUUCCCAAAUGGGAAUGCUCUCAGGAGUGAUUCUGCAGAUCUUUUAUGGUGUUCUGGGAAGUUGGACUGCUUAUUUGAUCUCUGUACUCUAUGUGGAGUACAGAACCAGAAAAGAGAAGGAGAAUGUCAGCUUCAAGAACCAUGUUAUCCAGUGGUUUGAAGUGUUGGAUGGGUUGUUGGGGCCCAAAUGGAAAGCAGUGGGACUGGCAUUCAAUUGUACCUUCCUUCUAUUUGGUUCAGUCAUUCAGCUCAUAGCUUGUGCCAGCAAUAUAUACUACAUUAAUGACCGGCUGGACAAGAGAACGUGGACUUACAUCUUUGGAGCGUGCUGUGCAACCACUGUGUUUAUCCCAUCUUUUCACAACUAUAGGUUAUGGUCCUUUCUUGGAUUGGGCAUGACAACUUACACCGCAUGGUAUUUGACCAUUGGAGCCAUUCUUCAUGGCCAGGUUGAAGGUGUUACUCAUAGCGGCCCUAGAAAGUUGGUACUUUAUUUUACAGGCGCGACCAACAUACUCUACACUUUCGGUGGACAUGCAGUCACUGUGGAAAUCAUGCAUGCUAUGUGGAAACCUCAAAAGUUCAAGUACAUCUAUCUAUUUGCCACACUUUAUGUCUUCACCUUGACACUUCCAUCUGCCUCGGCCAUGUAUUGGGCAUUCGGGGAUCAGCUUCUCAACUAUGCCAAUGCUUUCGCUCUCCUACCUCGAAACGGUUUCCGUGAUGCCGCCGUGAUUCUUAUGCUAAUACAUCAGUUCAUAACAUUCGGAUUUGCCUGCACGCCACUAUACUUCGUUUGGGAGAAAGUAAUAGGGAUGCACGAUACAAAGAGCAUGUGCUUAAGGGCACUUGCCAGGUUACCGGUGGUGAUACCAAUAUGGUUCUUGGCCAUAAUAUUUCCAUUCUUCGGCCCUAUCAACUCUGCAGUAGGGGCACUUCUAGUUAGCUUCACUGUCUACAUCAUCCCAGCCCUUGCUCAUAUGGUCACUUACAGAAAGGCGUCGGCCCGGCAGAACGCGGCAGAGAAACCACCCUUCUUUCUCCCAAGCUGGACGGCGGUGUACGCGCUGAACACAUUCGUUGUUGUAUGGGUGUUUGUCGUCGGGUUCGGGUUCGGAGGAUGGGCAAGCAUGAGCAACUUCAUCAGGCAAGUUGACACCUUCGGCCUCUUCGCCAAGUGCUACCAGUGCAAGCAUAAUCCUCCAGUGACAAAACAUCAUACAUAGAAUACUUUUAUAAUAGAGAUUAUAACGUAAUUUCAUUGCAUGUCUUUCUUACUCUAUUGUUGUUGUAGGGGUUAUUUCCCAUCUUGUGUGCUGCCUUUUAGUUUACGUAUUUGUGUUUAGUGUGUACAAAAUUUUUAAGUAGAGUGAUUGGUUUGAAUUUAAUUUCUUGGGCUCAAAUAGCUGUUAACCCUGGAAUGAUCUGAACAAAUUGGCUAGUAUCAUGCUUAAUUAUGUGGCAUAAUUUCUUCAUUUUGGGCUCAUAUUAUCAUUCAACUUUCUUGAUUUCAUUCCCGAA